AUGUCCGACGUUCAGAACCGACCCUCUGCCCGAGGCAGAGUAUCCGCCCGUGGUGGACGCGGUGGUUACAGCAACAGAGGUGGCCGGGGUGGAAGCAGCAGAUCCAAUGCAGACAGCUCAGACCUCCCCUCCUUUGAUGAAGGUGAAAUCGGACAAAUGAAGAAGAAGUAUUCCGACACUCUGCCUACUCUCCGAGAAUUAUUCCCCGACUGGAAAGACGAGGACCUCGCAUUCGCACUAGAGGACUCAAAUGGUGAUCUCGAGGAAGCAAUUGAGCGCAUCACUGAAGGCAAUGUAUCGCAGUGGGGAGAAGUCAAAAAGAAGACCACAGACCGCACUCGCCCUAAAGCCAAGGAGGUUCAGAGCACCUCGACCGAGCCGACUGCAGCUUCCGUCCGUGGAGCCCGUGGUCGCGGCGGAUUCGAAGGGCGUGGUCGUGCCCGCGGAGACCGAGGUCGUGGCGGCCGUGGUGGCCGGGCAGGCGCUCAAGCUGCCAAUGGAGCUCGUGUCGUCAGCACCGCAGAGUCUGUGCCGGCAGUUGCGACAGUGGCAGAGACAGAGCCUGUUACAUCUAAGGCAGGAGAAGAAGCUGAGACUGAAUCUGCAGCUGUUGACUCCGAGCCUAAGACUAGUGUGAUUCCUGAUGGUGCAAAGAAGGGAUGGGCUAGCUUGUUUGCCAAACCUGCUCCUCCUCCCCCACAGAAGAAACCGCCACAGGCUGCUCCCGCGCCCGCACCUGCACCUGCGCCUAUUCCCGAGAAGCCCGUUGAGCCUGUGCCAAAACAGAAGGCCCCCGAGCCUGCACCGGUACCGGCCGCAGCUCAGAAGACUCCUGUUGCUAAGCCGACCGUCCCCGCCGUUCCUACCGUUCCUGUCAUCCCCGCUACAGCUGGCAAGCAACACAAAGGUGACUUGACCGAGACAAACCUUGAACAAAUUCCCGAUGUUUCUGCUCCUGCUCCCACCGCAACUGCUGCUAGCACCGUUGGCAGCGGCAUUGACCCCGCCGCCGCUGCUGCAAGCGGCACUCCUUCUCGUGCUCCUCCCUCCAGUCUUCCUGGUAGCGCAUACAAGCAAGGUGUUCGGGCGCCUGGUUUCCAACGCCGUGUUAUGGAGCAGCAGCAAGCUGUUGUCAUGCCUGGGAAUCAUGCGGUCGACCGUGCUGCCGUGCAAUUUGGUAGCAUGGGACUGAACGGUGACUCUGUGGACAUUGAUGAGAACCGUGAGGAGGCCGAGACUCGCACUCAACCUCCUCAGCACUCUCCUGUUGCCCCCCGUGCGGCUCUCCCACCUACGUCUCAAGGUUCCGCCGAGACUGGCGCCGCCCGUCCCGCUCCGGGUCUGCCUCCAGUCCCCCAGGCCUCUGUCGGCGACUCUUCAUUCUCUGAAUUUGGACGCUACUCUGAGGCCCAAAAGCCAUACGAUCCUUUCAACCCUCAAAUCAGCCAGCCUCAGCAACAGAUCCCGGAGCCCUUCGCCAAUCAGGCCCCUGCUCAGCCUGCUGCCACAACCGGCAGCGAAUACGCUCCCUUUUAUGCCGCAGAUCAGCGAUUCCCUUACUAUAACAACAACUACGGCUCCUACGGACAGUCCCAGGAUGCUAGUGCUGCUCCUCGGGCUGCUCCUGGAUUCGGUGUUUCUGGUGCCGAGGCUGCGCCUCAAGUUCCUGCCAGCCAGGCUCCCACUCGCUACGGCCCUGUUGAUGCUACUAACAGUGGUCACAACACUCCUAACCCUACCCUCCCUGGCGCGACCCAGGCCCCUGCUGCCCAGCAGCAUAUGGCUGGUCAGAGUGCUUACGGCUACGGCUACAACCCUUACUACUCCAGCCCUCACUACGCUCAGUACAUGAACCAGAUGAACCAGCAACAGUACGGCCGGAGCCGCCCGAUGUAUGAUGAUGCUCGUCGUUAUGAUGAACAGCAGCAGCAGCAACAACAACAACAACAGCAACACUACGGUAUGCCACACAACAACCAGUAUGGUUACGGCAACCAGUAUGGUCCUUACGGUGGCAAGGGUGGCAUGUAUGGUCAGCCUCACGGCGGCUUCUCUUACGACCACGCCUCCUCUCCCGCCAACACUGCUGCUAGCUUUAACCAAACCGCUGCCCCUGGACGUGACUCCGUCUACAGUGCUCGCACUAGCUCUGCCCAGCCAGCCGAUAGCCAGCAGUCCGCUACUGGUGCCAAUGCCUUCAGCACCGGAAUGUCGGACGUCUUCGCUCGUUCCCAAGCUGGUGGAUUCGGUCAAACACCCUCAGUCGCUCAACAGCCCCCUGUGGCCACCGAAGAGACCAAGGGCUUUGAGGCACCCAAGGCCGGUGGCCCCAGCCCAUCUCUGACUCAGGCUAAUCGCCCCGGCUCUGCCACCAACAAUGUCCCCGGCCAGGCCCAGGGUCAGACCGGCCUUCCUCAGCAGGGUCAGCAAGCCUUCGGUGGCUACGGUCACCUUAACCCGCAGUAUGCUGGUCUUGGUGGACUUGGUGGUCACCAGGGAAAUGCUUCGCAGACUGGCGGUUAUAACUAUGGGGCUGGCUUCGGUAACUACUACGGAAACAACCGUGGUGGCUGGGGUAACAACUACGGCCACUAA